GGGGAGAGGGCGGGGCGGACAGGGCGCCCUGCGGCCGGCUGGGCGCGCUAGUGCUCUGGUCCGGCGGUCCUGAGGCUCGCGCUCCUGCGGGUCAAUCGGUCGUCUGGGCCUGCGCGGGGCCCGGGCCCAUGGCGGCGUCAGCGGCUCUGUCGGCGGCGGCGGCGGCAGCGACCCUGUCUGGCCUGGCGGUGCGUCUGUCGCGCUCGGCGGCGGCCUGCAAGGGGCUCACGCGCACGUUGCUCACCUUCUUCGACCUGGCCUGGCGGCUGCGCAUGAACUUCCCCUACUUUUACAUCGUGGCCUCGGUGAUGCUCAACGUCCGCCUGCAGGUGCGGAUUGAGUGAGCGGCGGCAGAGGCCCGGCUGGAGGGGCGCCCUUGUCCCCGCCCGCCCCCGGCCGGGUCCCAGGCAUGAAGGACAGCUGGGCCGCGGCGGGGGGCGGGGGCGGGGCAGCACAGGCCCCUGGACUCUAGACCUCCGCCGCCCCAGCACGACCGCCCAGCCCUGGCCCUGGCCCUGUCCCCGGGGCCCAGCCCCGGCUUCAGCCCGGGGGUACCGGAUCGCGCAGAAACGCACUGAACAGGCCCCUGCCAUCGGGCUCCAGAAACUACCUGGGCUCGGCCGACCUGUUGCCUCACAUUGGCCAAAGAGGGGGAAACCGGAAGGAGGGAAUUCUGCUGCGGCGACUUGACUUUCCAGGCCCCGAGCAGAAAGGCAUUGGCGUUUGUAGACCGUGACCCGCCCCUUCUCCGGCCUUGCCUGGGGGCACCUCUGGCCC